GAUAGCGGUUCGUUUCCUGCAAAUUUUGUGGAGGAGAAGCGACAUGCUGCUAUUAAGCCAAGCGCCCAACGGAGUUCUCACCGCCGCCGCAAGGCGAUGCUCUUCUUCCAAGCCUCACCCAUCUCUCUUCUCAGAUUCGCGCCGCCGCUUCCCUUCCUGGAACCCUAGGAGGCCACCCACUUUCUACCUCUCUGCACCCGCCGGCCCCAUCCCUCGCCGUCUGCAUUCUCCCACAGCUUCCAUACAGGAGGAAGAAGCUGUAUCGGUCGGAGACGACGGAGUUCCUUUUGAAGGUGUCAUUCAGUUCGAGAAGCCAGAGUCUUCCUCGAAGUUGUUGACAUGGGGGAAGGUAGGCCUUUUGGUGGGCGGGGACCUCCUUUGCAUUCUUGUCUUCUCGGCUGUAGGAAGGUUCAGUCACGGCUUGCCAGUUCUCGAUCUUGAGACAUUGAGGACAUCGGACCCUUUUGUUGCUGGGUGGGUUCUGAGCGCCUACUUUUUUGGCGCUUACGGAGAUGACGGAAGAGGAGUGAAUGGUCUUAAUAAAGCAGUUAUAGCAGCAGUCAAGUCGUGGGCGAUUGGAAUUCCAGUAGGAAUUGCCAUAAGGUCUGGAACUUCUGGUCAUAUUCCACCAAUUGCAUUCAUUUUGGUAGCCAUGGGAACAACUGGGAUAUUGCUGAUUGCGUGGAGGGCUUUGAUUUCCAAUCUCCUUUCAGGUAAUCAAAGUAAGAAGAAUGAUGCCUACAAACAGGGAAGCCCAUUUGAACUUUUUGAGCUGCUGACAUCAUUGGUUCGUAGGUGGUGAAAAGAGUUUUUCCAUUUGAUUUGCUCAGAGUUCUGGCUUGGUUUCUUUCACCAUCUCCUUUUUGCAAAUCCUAAUGUGUUAACCUGUAUAUCCGUUCAGCAUAUGAUAGCCUGCCAAAACAUAAGGUAGUUUUGUUUCUUCCUUAAUGUUCUAGUGGCAUUUUGACUUUGUUGGUUCUGGAUCAUGUUUACAAGUGCAGAUUCUUUCAAAUUAGCCAUAAAAUGUGUAUUGAAUGGAUUCUCUGUUGA